AUGAACAUAGAGACUCCCUGUCGGUCCAUUGGCGAGGCUUUGAACGCCAUUAUUUAUUUAUAUGAAAAUGAUUUAAUUGAACGACUCGCUGCUCGUAUCAUCUUGUUAAGAGAUGUUUCGGGAAGUUUAGUCUAUUCCUAUCAACAAUGUCAUAAUUUCGAUAUCUACAGCAAGAACAUUAUAUUUGAAGAGGUAGUAAUAUCUUCUUUAAAUGACACUGAAACAAUUUCAAUAGAUUGUUUUCAUGCUAUUUUUAUAAUAGGAACAUCUGGAGUUACAAAUGGAUUUAGAAAAUUAACAUUUUCACACAUCCACAUGAAAAGAAUGAGGUUUUAUUGGAAUGAAAACCCUCUACAGCAAGUGUCAUUUCAACAUGUGACGUUAGUUGAUAGUAGAUUUGAAGAAGAGUAUAUUUUUAUGCCCGAUAUCAUAAAGAAAGCACUGAUUAUUGAAGCUAGUACCAUUCAAAAAUCUAGUAUCCAGUUACGAAAUAAUUUCUCCUUAGAAAUAGCAAACUCUACCAUGAUGAUGGCAAAUAUUUCUAUUGUUUUUGGAGCCAAUAUAGUUAUUUCUUCGUGCCACAUUUCAAAUUUUGAAUUUAAAGUGCUCACCAAAGACGUAUUUCUAUCCUCACCACCUGCAAAGAUUCAGAAUUAUGGAUUCAUUGUUGAGAAUAGUUAUAUUGAAAAUUCUAACUUUAGAUUAUAUGGUUUUAACGAAAUCAAGUUUAAAAACACACAUCUCUAUGCAACAAAUUCUAUAUAUCAAUUAUUUUCAUUUUAUAGCAUGUUCUCCAACGUUGUUGCUCGAUCAGGAAGACUACACAUGUGGCUGGACAGAGUUAAUGACGUCUCAAUGUCAAAUUGUAAUUUUGAUUCGUUGAGUGCGAUCAAUAGUGGCUCCCCAUUGUUGAAAAUUUCCUCCUGCUCGUCACUGACUCUUAUUGGCAUUAUUAGCUCUAAUAAUAUGGCCCCUCUUAUAAGUGUUUCAACGGGUCAAGUGGUAUAUAUUAACCACUUUACAGCAUAUAACAACCAAGAUGGACCGUGCUUGAAAGCUGAAUUGGGUCAAAUAAUUGGAGGCACUCUCUUUCGGAUUAACGAUUUUAAUUUUACGAACAACAAGUGCUCUUCGAAUGGUUGUGCCAUCUAUGUGGAGGCUGAUGAAAUACAAAUGGAUAAUGGUCAAUUGAUGGGAAAUCAGGGGAAAAACGGCGGUGCGUUGUUUGUUAGGAGCAAAGAACUACGCUCUAUUAUAAUCAAUUUCUUUAACAAUGUUGCAUUGUCGAAAGGAGGAGCCGUAUUCGUUGAUUCUCCUACAGUAUCAUUUGUGGCUUGCAGAUGUGACGGUAAUAUGGCAUACUUCAGCGGAGGGUGUGUUUAUUCUCAACAACCAAUUCCACGAACAGAGUUAUAUAUUUUUUUCAAUAACAAUGUUGCAAAAUCGUAUGGAAAUAAUGUUGGAACAGAAAUACAAGUAACAAAAUAUCAGAUGAAAGUACAUUAUGGCCAAUUCAAGGUGAUCACAUUUAAAAGCAAUUAUACCAGUGUUCCUGAAAUAUUUCUUUAUCCAGGACAAGAACUUCCCUCUAUAGACCUUGAAAUUUGGGACGUUAGCAAUACAAAGAUUUUGUUUUUGGAGUCACCUUUAAGGUUGAAACUUAAUGAUACCUCCCAAGGUUUUUCCAUUUACAAUCAAAAUAAUUCCAACACUCUUUCAUUAGAGUCACUACAAGUAACAAUCAAUAAUGCGAGUCAACAAGUUCUAAAUACGAACAUCUUCAUUGAUGAUCACACUAGUAUAAGCAUUCCAAUUAACAUUUUACCAUGUCCUGAAAAUAAGACACUCGAAAAGACUCUCAACGGAUUUGUUUGCAUGGAUCGUCCACACAUUCCCUAUGAAAUUGUCGUUCCAACAGUUUCUAUAUUGACAUUAAUAUUAGCUGGCAUAAUUAUUAUUGGAACAUAUGGUAUUACUCGAAUUGUGAACUCGAUAGCUUCCAGGCUGAGAACGUUAAAGGAAAAAGAGCAGGCUGAGAAAAGAAUGGAAACUAAACUUAUUGAAAAGAGAGUGGUUUUAAUGAGCCACAAUGAAGACCAUGAAAUUCACACAGAAUAUCAUACAAUGGAAAACGCACCAUUGUUGAUCAAUAGCACCAGCGAUGGCGGGUCUUCGAAUUCAAAACCAAAAACAACUCCACGAUAUACCAAUUGGAUUAUCUCAAUCAAUGAAAUUGAAAUCAUUAAGCGGAUUGCUGAGGGAGGAAAUGGUACAGUCUAUUUAGCAAGCUGGAACGGAAACAAGGUUGCUCUCAAGUCACUGAAAAGUACGGGUCUUGCAGGCGACGAAGGAAAUGGAGAUUUAUCAGAAGAUGAUGAGUUUGAAAAAGAAGCUGCAGUAUUGGGAAGUAUGCGUCAUCCGAAUAUUGUUCAAUUUUUUGGAGUGAUUCUGGCAGGAAAAAACAAGUACAUGGUUGUCGAAUAUUUAGAAAAGGGAAGCUUGGAUAAAUUGAUCCAUGCCUCUAAAACAAAAGUUGAACCAUUGGAUAUGUACAGAAAAAUUGAUAUAUUACUUGGAGUUGCAAAAGGAAUGCAUUAUUUACAUUCAUUGAAACCGAAAGGAAUAAUUCAUCGUGAUUUAAAACCAGCGAAUAUUUUAUUGGAUAAUAAUUUCACAGCCAAGAUUUGUGAUUUUGGUCUAAGCAAAGCAUGGAGUGAUAGUUGCACGAAUUCUGUCACCACAAAUAUUGGAACCUUAUUUUAUAUGGCAAAUGAAAUGAUUGGAGGCGACUCUUCAUAUAACCACAAAGUAGACGUAUUUAGUUUUGCAAUCAUUAUGUGGGAAUUGUUUUUCGAGGAGAAUCCUUAUUUAAACUCGCAAUCAGAAAAGCUUUUCAAAUUCAUGGAGAGACAAGAUGGAUCUGCCGACACCUUAGGUGUCAAUGUGUUGUUCAGAGUGAUGCAAGGUGCCCGACCAAUAAUUCCAUUUCAAACUGAGGAUCAAAUGAAACAAUGGGUACAAGAAUAUAUGCAUGAUGAUCACACUAAUUCGAAAACUUCAUUGGAGACCUUAUAUCUCAUAAUUCCUCAAUACAUUGAGCUCAUGAAGGAAUGUUGGAAUUCAAACUAUCAUGAAAGGCCCGAGUUUGGUGAGAUUUGUACAAGAUUAACUCGGCUCAUGACCUCUUAA